UGGAGGAUGAGGGGGGCGGACAGACAGCGUGGCCGCACUGCCGCAGCGAGACAACCCGUCCGGUCGAGCAGCGGUCCGGCUGCUGCUUCCGUCCUCAGCUUCAGCCCGCCCGACUGGACCUUUUGGGGACAAAUGUCUAUGUAACCGUACGCCUUACGACCCACGGGCCGAGCCGACUCCGCGUCGGCGUGGAUAUUCGCGGUAACCCGGAGGCUCACGGACGGCGGAAAGCAGCCCGCUCCGCCCCGGCGCCGGGAGCCACCAACCCGGGCGGGAGUGGGACUGGUUUGCGGGGGGGGGGGGGCGUCUGGAUGAAACGCUAGCUAACUAGCAUUAGCCUCUCAGACCCGAGUCUUCAUCACUUCGCCGCGCUGAGCAGGGUGAGCCUUCACGAUAAAAGCCAUGUUUAGUAGCAUUCAAUAGACAAAUGGCGUUAGUUCAGUGUUGACCACGUCGCGGGGGAUGACACUGAGCCGUUUGCUAGCGUCAACGACUCCGAGCUAACGACCGUUUCUAAAAACCGACGUGCAUUAAUUUAGGGGGCAGUGGCGGUAAAACCCACACGGAUGAAGUGGUGAAAAAAAAGAAAGAAAAUUUAAUCUGUACGCUAUUUACGUCUUCACCUCGUCGUGCUAUUUAGCUGUCACCUGUCACCUGUCACCUGCCGUCCCCAAACACCCAAAUGUGAGCCAACCUGCCACUGGCCACAGGCGCAGAAGAUGUGUGUCUGCGCGUCUCCUUUACUCACACACACACACACACACACACGUUUCAGCGUGACAGCGUGAGGACGGAUUGAAACAUGGAAGCUGGAACUGUCCCAUCAUCAACAUAAGAGGGCUUCUCUCUGAGGUUGCCACUGUGUGACUGAGCUCGCAGACGGAGAGUAAGAUGCCUCCCAGGCCGUCCUCAGGGGAGCUAUGGGGCAUCCACUUGAUGCCCCCCAGGAUCCUGGUGGACUGCUUGCUGCCCAACGGAAUGAUUCUGACCCUCGAGUGUCUCCGAGAAGCCACGCUCAUUACCAUCAAACACGACCUUUUCAAGGAGGCCAGGAAAUAUCCGCUCCACCAACUCCUACAGGAGGAGACCUCCUACAUCUUUGUCAGUGUUACUCAGGAAGCAGAGAGGGAGGAGUUCUAUGAUGAGACCAGAAGACUAUGCGACCUGCGACUCUUCCAGGCCUUCCUCAAGGUCAUUGAACCAGUUGGCAACAGAGAGGAAAAGAUCCUCAACAGAGAGAUUGGUUUUGCCAUUGGUAUGCCUGUGUGCGAGUUUGACCUUGUGAAGGAUCCCGAGGUUCAGGACUUCAGGAGAAACAUCCUGAAUGUGUGUAAGGACUCUGUGGAGCUGAGGGAUGCCAGCGGGCCCCACAGUAGAGCGCUCUACGUCUACCCACCCAAUGUGGAAUCCACACAGGAACUGCCCAAGCACAUCUAUAGCAAACUGGACAAAGGUCAGAUUAUCGUUGUGAUUUGGGUCAUUGUUUCUCCAAACAAUGACAAACAAAAGUAUACAUUGAAGAUCAACCACGACUGUGUCCCUGAACAGGUGAUUGCAGAGGCCAUUCGCAAGAAGACACGCAGCAUGCUGCUGUCCCCAGAGCAGCUAAAGAUGUGCGUUCAGGAAUAUCAGGGUAAAUACAUCCUCAAAGUGUGUGGCUGUGAUGAGUACCUGCUGGAAAAGUACCCUAUCAGCCAGUAUAAGUAUAUCCGUAGUUGCAUCAUGCUCGGCAGGCUGCCCAACCUGAUGCUAAUGGCCAAGGACAGCCUAUACAGUCAGUUGCCAACGGAUAACUUUGUCAUGCCGUCCUACUCCCGACGCAUCUCCACGGCAACAUCCUACAUGAAUGGCGAGGCAGCUGUCAAGUCUCUGUGGACCAUCAAUGGGACCCUGCGGAUACGAAUCCUCUGUGCCACCUACGUUAACGUCAAUAUACGGGACAUAGACAAGAUUUAUGUGAGAACAGGCAUUUACCAUGGAGGUGAACAAAUGUGUGAUAAUGUCAACACACAGAGAGUACCCUGCUCUAACCCAAGGUGGAAUGAGUGGCUCACCUAUGAUAUGUACAUCCCAGACAUACCCCGUGCUGCCCGCCUCUGCCUCUCCAUCUGCUCCGUCAAGGGCAGGAAGGGAGCCAAGGAGGAGCACUGUCCACUGGCUUGGGGUAAUAUCAACUUGUUCGACUACACUCACACUCUAGUUGCCAACAAGAUGGCUCUGAACCUCUGGCCCGUCCCUCAUGGCCUCGAAGAUCUCCUCAACCCCAUUGGAGUCACAGGAUCCAACCCUAACAAGGAAACGCCAUGUCUGGAGUUGGAGUUUGACCACUUCAGUAAUUCAGUCAAAUACCCAGAUAUGAAUGCAGUAGAGGAACACGCCAACUGGACCAUCUCGAGGGAACUGGGGUUCAACUACAACCUCUCUGGACAGAGCAACCGGUCGGCCAGAGAUCACGUCCUGACGGAGAGCGACACGGAGCAGAUGAGACAGCUGAGUAACAGAGACCCUCUUUCAGAAAUCACUGAGCAGGAGAAAGACUUCCUCUGGAGACACAGGCACUACUGCGUGAACAUACCGGAGAUCCUUCCCAAGAUCCUUCUGGCUGUGAAAUGGAACUCCAGAGAUGAAGUAGCACAGAUGUAUUGUCUGUUAAAGGAAUGGCCGUCUAUCCGUCCCGAACAGGCCAUGGAGCUGUUGGACUGUAACUAUCCGGACCCCAUGGUCCGGCACUUUGCUGUACGCUGCCUCGACAAAUACCUCACUGACGACAAACUGUCCCAGUACCUGAUCCAGCUUGUACAGGUAUUAAAAUAUGAGCAGUAUCUUGAAAAUCCCCUGGCCCGUUUCCUCCUGAAGAAAGCGUUGACCAAUCAAAGGAUAGGUCAUUUUUUCUUUUGGCAUCUCAAGUCAGAAAUGCACAAUAAAACCGUGAGCCAGAGGUUUGGGCUGCUGUUGGAGGCUUACUGCAGAGCGUGUGGCAUGUAUCUCAAACACCUGAGCAGGCAGGUAGAGGCCAUGGAGAAGCUCAUUAACCUCACCGACAUCCUUAAACAGGAGAAGAAGGAUGAGACGCAGAAGGUCCAGAUGCGGUUCCUUGUGGACCAGAUGAAGAGACCAGACUACAUGGAUGCUCUGCAGAACUACACCUCUCCUCUAAACCCUGCGCACCAACUGGGAAACCUGAGGUUAGAUGAAUGCAGAAUCAUGUCAUCAGCAAAGAGACCGUUGUGGCUGAACUGGGAGAAUCCUGACAUCAUGUCUGAGCUGCUCUUUCAGAAUAAUGAGAUCAUCUUCAAAAAUGGAGAUGACUUGCGGCAGGAUAUGCUGACGUUGCAGAUCAUUAAAAUCAUGGAGAACAUUUGGCAGAAUCAGGGACUGGACCUUCGGAUGCUCCCUUAUGGCUGCCUGUCGUUAGGAGACUGUGUGGGUCUUAUUGAGGUGGUUCGCAGCUCCCACACCAUCAUGCAGAUUCAGUGUAAAGGAGGCUUGAAAGGAGCCCUGCAAUUCAACUCAAACACUCUGCAUCAGUGGCUCAAGGACAAGAAUAAAGGCGAGAUGUAUGACAUGGCUGUGGAUCUGUUUACAAGGUCCUGUGCUGGCUACUGUGUAGCUACAUUUAUCCUUGGGAUAGGAGACAGACACAACAGCAACAUUAUGGUCAAAGAUGAUGGACAGUUGUUUCAUAUAGAUUUCGGCCAUUUCCUGGAUCAUAAGAAGAAGAAAUUUGGCUACAAGAGAGAACGAGUUCCCUUUGUACUGACGCAAGACUUCCUCAUUGUCAUCAGCAAGGGAUCGCAAGAGUGUGCAAAGACCAAAGAGUUUGAGAGGUUCCAAGAGAUGUGUUAUAAAGCCUACCUGGCCAUCCGGCAGCAUGCUAACCUCUUCAUCAACCUGUUCUCCAUGAUGCUGGGCUCGGGCAUGCCUGAGCUGCAGUCCUUCGAUGACAUUGCCUACAUCAGGAAGACACUCGCCCUGGAAAAGAGUGAACAGGAGGCGUUGGACUACUUCAUGAAACAGAUGAACGAUGCUCACCAUGGAGGAUGGACCACCAAAAUGGACUGGAUAUUCCACACAAUUAGACAGCAUGCUCUAAACUGAUCUUCUGCAAUCAAGCAAAAAGCACCAUUCACACUGUGCAGUAAACAGGAAGUUAGAAACUUGAUUUAAUUGUUUCUUUCUGUUUAAAGACCAUUUUUAUUUAUCCCAGCAAGCUUUUCUUUCCAUUACACUCCGGCCUUUUUGCAGUCCUGAUGCGCUUUGCUCUGUUUGUUUUUGAGAAAUUCUUGGACAAAACCGCGAAAAGAAGAUGUGUCUGGAAAUCUAUAAAUGCAGCCGCAAAGUAAGUCCGCACUCCACCUCAAAGAGGAGGUGCUUGGGAAGCUUCUUCUUUUUCUUUUUUUUUUUUUAAAUCCCAUCUCCGCUGAGAAGAUAGCAGCCACAAGGAAUCUCACAUGUGUUCAUCAAACGUGUUGCACAGUGCAGGAAUACUGCAGUGUGGGGUCUUCUGUGAUGACUACCACUGGACAGUCUUCCACCAUGGCUGUGGAGAAGUUGCCCUCCUGAGCUUUGCCAACUUUUAAACUUUUUUGAGGAAGAGUCGCUGGGUUGUUUUGCACACCUCUUCAGUUUAAAAAAGCACAUGACCCUGGGGAAAAGUUGGUGGUGGUGCAGCAUUUGACUCUUGAAUAAACUUCAGGGUAUUGAUGCCUCUCCAUAAAAAAAACUGCACUUACAAAUAACAAACAUAUAUAAUAUGCCUUUAUUUAUUUAUUUAUCUAUUCCUUUUUUAAAGUUUCUACAUACACAGGAAAACAUCUCCAAUCACUGCUAUUGUGCAUGUAGUUUUUGUUUUUAUCUUCUUCUGACCACCACAAGUGCAACAACCUUUCUCCUUUUUCUUGAUUAUUGAGUUUUAUUCACAUUUGUAAAUGAAGGCUGCUUUUCUUAAAGUUAAAUAUCUAAUUUGACUGCUUUAGUGGCAGCCAAAUGUGUGCUAUUCAGGCCAGUCUGCAGCCCUACUUGGGAGUUAGUAAAACUAUUUGUUUGGGGAUGCGAAUAGAUGAGAAUGACAGGGUCACUUUUGUUCCUAUUGGGACCUAUUCCCAGACUGGCUGUCUGCUUUAUUGGCGAGCAGAAGUCAUGGGGAUGUUGUGUCUUCCUCAUGAUGGAAUCCUUUGGCAUCUCAACACUGCAAACUGCUAACCCAUUAGCGCAUUGCCACAUUGUGGCACAUUUUCUUUUUAAAUUAUAGUUCUUCAUUCACACCUAAGUGAUAAGGUGAUGACAGGAAAAUCAAGACAAGACGCUGAGGCGCAUUCUUAUUUCCUUUGUGUUUUAAACGGGGCAAAUGAGUAAUUGUCUCGGAAAGUAUACUUAUGUAAGUUGUGUUAACGAGGACAGAAAACCUCGAGUGAGACUAAAGAAAAGAAUGUAUUUUUUAAGAAAAGGUGCCCUCAGAGCAGCCUCAUGCGCCCCAGAAAGACAUUUAGAUGUGGAAUGUAUUUAAUUGCUAACAUGGACCUUAGUUGGACUCAUCUUUUAGUGUUUUUUGCAUCUUGCUCAUGUCAGAUGCAGUGCCACUAACCCUACAGAAGGUCAUUAGGUCAUCGGCGGUCUCUUCCCUUCUGCUAUUUUUAUUAUGUGCCAAAUCGCUGAGGCCAACGAGCUAACUGCUAAAAUCACUUAAGAAACAUUGAUUAAAAAAAGAUGACGUUGGGCAAUGCACUUAAAAAGAGUAGUUGUUGUUGUAAUUCUGAAUGCCUUUUUUUCUCCAAAAGGACUACGUAAGAUGUUAGCCUAGUUAGCAUGUUUUCCAAACAGCAUAACCAGUAGGUAUUAGGCUGUGUGUACGUACGUUCACAGUCAGACCUCUUUUCUAUGGUGGGUGGUGUGUGUGUGUGUGUGUGUGUUGUGCGCAUUAACUGUCUUUCUGUACAGGUUGCAGAGCUUCAUUGGCGGGCCCCAAUGAAAAGCCACACUGUACGUACAUUUCCACCUGUCUGCGUGUGACGACACUCAACUGCUGAAGUUUGGUUGUCUCUAAAUCUUUGUAAGCCUCCCCCCCCCC